AUGAUAUCUAAUAUUUCACAAAAUAUUCCACUGGGACAACAAGCACCAGCACAAGUACCACAGGCGCCGCCACAAGCACAAGCACCACAACAAACAUCACAAGUACCACCACAAACACCAGCAACACAACCAGCAGCACAACCAGCAACACAACCAGCAACACAACCAGCAACACAAACAACAGCACAAGCAACAACACAAACAGCAACACAAACAGCACCACAGCCAGCACCACAACUCACAAACGUAAAAUUUACACUAGAAUUUAACAAACAUAAUCAAUUUAUGAUUUUUUUAACAGAUUUGUUAAAUGAAAUAUUGGGUGAAGAUUUUAAUAGUUUUCUUAAUUUUUUUGGUCAAAACUAUGAAAUCGAGGUUUUAGAUUCGUUUCAUACAAUAAUGAUCAAGAUUUCAUCAAAUUUACAAUGUCUGGAAUAUUGCUUAGAAAAAGGAAGAGACCUUAUCGGUAAUAAAGAUAUUACCAAUCUAUACAAAAAAUUAAACGAAUAUACUACCAACAUUGGUCAUUUAAGGUUUGGCGCUUUUGAUUCAUUAAAACAGUCAGCUAAAAGUAUUAGAGUCGAAAAAAUAAAAUUCGAAGAAGAUAGAAAAUUGGAUAGAGCAUCUAAUAAUGUAAAUGUUAAUAUCGCUGGUAAAGUUUAUGGGGUUGUAGAAGUAGGAGCUAAUGCGGAUUUGGGUCGUAUCGGUCAACUAAUACUACAAAAUCUGGGUCAAGAAAAAUGCAAUGAAAUAAGCGCAUGUCUCAGUAAAUCAUUUAUAGAAUUAUCCGAAGCCUUUGAGCUCCAUUACUAUACAUACAUAGAUCAGCCAUGCAUCGAUUUCGAGGCAAUAGGAAUAAAUGAGUUAAAUAAAGAUGAUUUCACCACUUUUAUAGACUCAAUCAAAAAAUUUAGAGAAGGGUUUUAUAUAAAAAUACAUAAGAUAAAAUACCAAUCAUCAUUUAUAAAAUUAAUAGAAAAAAUUAAAAAAUCAAAAAGUAAAUGUCAGCUGAUGUAA